AAUCAUUUCACUCGGCGACGGAGAAAUGGAUUGAUUUGUGAUGGUUCGGUGAAAUAAUCGAAUAAUUUGGAUUUACAGAUCCCCUGAGCUCGGCGGAUUAGAAGUCAUGUCGGCGGUGCUAGUUUCCCUGGGUUUGUUAGGAGUUCUCUGUGCCAUUUUUCGGCUUCUUCAUUUGUCCAUAUACGCAGGGGAACCGAAACUUAUCUAUAAGGAGGGGUCCCAGUUUGUGAAAUCUAUUCUAGACAUCUGUCCAAUCUUUAAAGAAGUAUAUCUACCUCCUCUGAUUUGGGGUAAGAGUGGACACUUACAGACAUUUAUCUAUGCAAAACUGGGAAGAGUUCAGUCCCCCUAUCCUAAGGGUGAGAGAUGCAGUGUCCUAAUGUCAGAUGGCGCUACCAUGACGUAUGAUGUGUUUGAACCACACAAAGCUCACCCAAGCAAUGGUGACUACACCAUGGUUCUGUGUCCUGGUAUUGCCAACAGCAGUGAGACGUCCUACAUCUGUACGUUUGUCCACUACGCUCAGGAGCGGGGAUAUAGGGUGGCGGUCCUAAACCACCUGGGGGCACUUCCCAGUACACCUCUCACUAGCUCAAGGAUGUUUACCUACGGUGGUACAGAGGAGUAUGGAGCGAUGGUAGAGGAGGUGAUGAAGACCUACCCAGACACUAAGUUGAUGGGCAUCGGCUUCAGUAUGGGAGGAAACGUAGUCGUGAAGUAUAUAGGAGAAGAUAACUCCAGGCAGGAAGGCUUUCUCUGUGUUAUGUCCCUUUGUCAGGGCUAUGAUGCUGAGCUAGCUAUAGAACUGGCCAAGGAUUGGGUACAUCUACGACGGAUGUACGGCUAUGUGAUGACGUCGAACCAGAAGAAGAUGUUACGGCGACAUUAUGACAUGUUACUGGGUAAAGCCGUCCAGGAGAAAUACAACAUAGACCCAGAACAAGUGCUAGCUUCUACCUCACUGUACGAACUGGACGAGGCUUAUAGUCGGUACGUAUGUACCAGUGUUUAUUUCCUAUGUAGCUUGUAA